GUCGCAAGUCUCGUUCUCGCGAGACUUAGCCCGGCCCGGCGCGGCGAGGCCGAGGCGUUGCGGGCCCUUUUCAAACCCAGUGGUAGCGGGGUUUUGGCCCGGUUAGGAAAUGGCGGAGAACGACAAGCUGGAGGCUGCGCCCGCUGCGCCGCAGCGCGGAGCCGAGGAGGCCGCUAGCGCCGUCCGUCCGCUGCAGCAGCAGCCACAGCAGCAGCAGCAGCAACAGCCGCCACCGCAACAACAGCCGCCGCGGGAUGAGGAGGCGGCGGCAGCCGCAGCAGCAGCAGCCACAGCGGCAGUUACCGAGAGCGGCGGAGGCAGCGCUAAUGGCGUCAAAAUGGGUAAUGAUGAGACAGCAAAAGAAGAGAAAGCACCUGCUAAAGAAAAGUAUGUUGCAAAACCGAAGGCAAUCCCUUCUCUUGGAAACAAGAAUAGAUUCCACCCCUAUUCAAAGGACAAGAAUGCAGGCACUGGAGAGAAGAAGGCUAUUAAUCGUAAUAGAGUUUUUAUUAGCAACAUCCCAUAUGACAUGAAAUGGCAAGCUAUUAAAGAUCUUAUGAGAGAGAAAGUUGGUGAGGUUACAUACGUGGAGCUGUUUAAGGAUGCUGAAGGAAAAUCAAGGGGUUGUGGUGUGGUUGAAUUCAAAGAUGAAGAAUUUGUUAAGAAAGCGUUAGACACUAUGAACAAAUACGAUCUUAGUGGAAGACCCCUGAAUAUUAAAGAGGAUCCUGAAGGUGAACAUGCUCGUAGGGCUUUACAGCGUGGAGGAGGACAGUUUCCAGGAGGACAUGGACCUGAUGUGGCACCUGGAAUAAUGAAUUUACCACCUUCUAUUCUCAAUAAUCCAAACAUUCCUCCUGAGGUUAUCAGUAACUUGCAGGCAGGCAGGCUUGGGUCCACUAUUUUUGUUGCUAACCUUGACUUUAAAGUUGGGUGGAAGAAACUGAAGGAGGUAUUCAGCAUUGCAGGAACUGUAAAGCGUGCGGACAUCAAAGAAGAUAAGGAUGGCAAGAGUCGAGGGAUGGGAACAGUUACCUUUGAACAAGCAAUUGAAGCUGUUCAAGCAAUUUCUAUGUUCAAUGGGCAAUUCCUUUUUGAUAGACCCAUGCAUGUAAAAAUGGAUGACAAAUCAGUUCCUCAUGAAGACUUCCGUGCUGCAGACAGCAAAACUUCACAAUUACCUCGUGGUCUUGGUGGUAUUGGUAUGGGACUUGGACCAGGUGGACAGCCUAUCAGUGCAACACAAUUGAGCAUGGGCAGUGGAAUGGGGAGCAUGGGUCCAGGAGGUAUGGGAAUAGAUGGUCCAGGAUUUGGUGGAAUGAACAGAAUGGGAGGCGGACUUGCUGGACUUCGUGGAAUGGAAGGAGUGCCUAAUAUGGGAGGAUUUGGAGUUAACCGAAUGGGAGAAAUGUUCCGUGGUGGAAUGGGAGGAAACAUGGACAGAGAAUUUGGUCGUGGUGAAAUGGCAUUGAACCGUGGUUUUGGAGAUUCUUUUGGAAGGAUGGGUGGUGCAAUGAUUGGUGUUUUUGCAGGAGGAAUGGGAGCACCUAGCAUGGGCCCAGUAAGAUCUGGAAUGAGUGGUGGAAUGGGUGGUAUGAACAGUAUGCCUGGAGGAAUGGGAAUGGAUCGGAUGAGUUCAGGUUUUGAUCGAAUGGGACCAGCUAUGGGUGGAGGCUUGGACAGGAACAUGGAUAUUGAUCGAGGAUUUGUACCUGGGCCAAUGGGAAGUGGCAUGAGAGAGAGAUUAAGCAAUAAAGGCAACCAGAUAUUUGUGAGAAAUCUUCCUUUUGACUUGACCUGGCAGAAGCUAAAGGAGAAAUUCAGUCAGUGUGGUCAUGUAAUGUUUGCAGAAAUAAAAAUGGAGAAUGGAAAAUCAAAGGGCUGUGGAACAGUCAGAUUUGACUCACCAGAAUCUGCUGAAAAGGCCUGUAGGAUAAUGAACGGCAUAAAAAUCAGUGGCAGAGAAAUUGAUGUACGCUUGGAUCGCAAUGCAUAACUUAAAACUGUGUGUUCAGGAACAUUCCUAUGUCUGUUUAGCUUCUCUAUCCUAGUAAGUCAUUUUUAGUAACAUUGUAUGCUUACAAAAGCUGUAAAAAGGAACUUUUAAAUCCCACCAGCCUUUAACAGUAUAGUGUUUAAUAUACUGUGAUACUUGUUAAAUGAAUCUUAUGAUGUUUGGUUUUUAAAGACAAUUUGCCUGAUUUUUGUUCUUUUUUUAGAGGUACUGAGCACCUGUAGGCCAUGGAAGCUUUGGGUGCUCAGUGCCUUUGGAAAAUUAGGCCAAGUGUCUCUAGUCAUUCAGUUUAAAUGAAUGGUUAUACUGUUUUUAAUAAAAUAAGCCAUUUUCUCUGUUAAUCUCAA